AUGAAAGCAUGUUUCAUAGAUGAACCUCCUCGGUUGCUCAUCGUGAAAGGGCACCUUGAAGAAGCUGUCCAGGUUCUCCAGAGAGCUGUAAGACUCAAUCAGCCGAAAUUUCCUCAAGAUUUGGAUGUCAGUGCUUUAGUUCAUUCCAAACGUCAGAGACAAAAUGGGAAGACGACUCAAAUCACCCAGAAAGACAGCGCCCCAUCACUCCACUUACCCUCAGGCAACACUCUAGACUCAUUUUCAGCAACCGGGACAAACAAAAUGAGCCUAAACAAAUCAGACAAUUAUUUAGAUCUUGAUGAUGGCAUUGGCCCAUGGUGGGCAGGACCUGUGGCUCUUGUGAGAACUAAAAUCAUGGCGAAAGUGACUCUGGGACUAAGUGGCAUGGUUCUUCUGCAAGGAGUUGUGUACUUGGGAUUGCCAUUGAGCUCACGUUCUUUCAAGUCUCCUUUCCUCUACAUUGCCUUGCUUGGGGCCUUGGAGAUCCCUCUUUGCAUCCUGGCAGGCCCAGUUACAAGACGGUUUGGAAGGAAACCGAUCCUCAGCACCUGUCUAACCAGCUGUGGAAUUCUUCUUAUUUUAACUGCAGCCCUCUUGCUAGCAGGCAUCAAGGACGAGAGGGUAAUUAUGACAUUAAUUCUGACAGGCUUCCUGUUUGUGGCUACAGCUUAUGCAGUGAACAUCCUAUAUGCUCCUGAAUUAUUCCCCACUACCUUAAGACCCUGGGGCACGGCUGCCUUCGUUCUAUCUAAUUACGCAGGCUUCAGCAUCUCUCCCAUCAUUGUUGAUUAUGCAGAAGACCUCAUAUGGGUUCCUCCUGCAGUGAUGGGGGCCUGUUCCAUCGUCUCUGGAUCACUGCUGUUCCUUUUGCCAGAGACAAAUGGCCGAAGCCUUCCAGAAACUUUUGCGGACCUACACAGGGCGCGGGAAGAAGAAAGGAACUUGAAGUUGAACAUCUAUAAGAAAGAAAGCCGUAGCCCCAAUUACCUGCUAGAUUGA